CAAAACUAAUUUUCCAAUCUCUUUUUAUUAAUAAUUUUCUCUCUGAGGUUUCUUCCAAGGCCGAAAAUGGCGACACGGUUCUUCCAAGUCCACUAAACCUCCCUCCCUCAAUCGCACAACACCACAACUAAACCUACCUUCAAAUCCAUCAGAAUCGAGCAAAUCAAUCAUUUUUCCAUGGCGAUCGACGGCAAACAAGACAAGAAGAAGUCGCCGGUAUCGUCGAGUAUGUUAGGGCCGGGUUUCCGCUUCCAUCCGACAGACGAGGAGUUGGUACAGUAUUAUUUGAGGCGAAAAAUGUGCGGUAAAGUUUUCCGAUUCGAUGCUAUUUCGGAGAUCGAUGUUUACAAAGCCGAACCUUGGGAUCUACCUCACAUGUCAAAGCUGAAGACCAGAGAUUUGGAAUGGUAUUUCUUCAGUGUGCUAGACAAGAAAUAUGGUAAUGGAGCAAGAACAAACCGGGCAACAGAUAAAGGGUAUUGGAAGACAACAGGAAAGGAUAGAGCAGUUUUUCAUAAAACACAGGUUGUAGGGAUGAAGAAAACCCUUGUUUAUCACAUUGGAAGGGCGCCGAAGGGUGAGAGAACCAACUGGGUCAUGCAUGAGUACAGGCUUGUUGAUAUGGAGUCGGAAAAGUCCGGAAUUCUCAAGGAUGCCUAUGUGCUUUGUCGAAUCUUCCAGAAGAGUGGUUCAGGGCCUAAGAAUGGCGAACAAUAUGGUGCACCAUUUGUCGAAGAGGAGUGGGAUGACGAGGAGUUGGAAUUGGUCCCUGAAAAUACUGUCACAGAGAAUGUUGAUUUUGAUGACGAUGCCCUUUUGGAUUACCGUGAUCUUCAGCAGAUUCUUGGAUCGGACACUCCAACUAAUAAUGCUCCAGCUCUGGUCAAUUUCCAGCCUGCAGAUAGCGCCCAUAUUGAAUCUACGGAAUCGUUUCAUAAUAUGCAGACGCACCCGUUCUCAGCAAGCAAUCAACAUGGGGAGCCCGAGUUGUGUGACGACGUAAAUGAACCAGACAAGGAGUGGAUCGGUGAAUGCAGCAAAACUGGGGAUUUAGACGAUAUCGAUUUCUUUCUAGACGAAACAUUCCUUGAUUCUUCUGAUAUCUUUCAGUACACCGGCGAGGGCUUCAUCGAAGCUAAUGAUCUCUCAAAACCCGUUGAAGCUGAUCCCACCGCCUCUAAUGAUAUGCUUGACGAAUACCUUACAUUCUUCGAUUCCAACGAUGAUAGCUCACUCUACUUAACAUACGAUCCUCUCGUCACGCCGUGGACCGAGAAUAUUCUUUCUGACGAGAUAUUUCCUCAUACGGAACCAAGCAAAGGAACCGAGCAAGCUAUCUUGCCAAUUCAGACGGAUGACAAAAAUGCUGACCAUAAUGCCCCCGAUGCAGCUGCACCAUCUGAUAAGCAAACGGCGAAAUACCAAUCAGAUUUCGAGCUUCCCUACAUCAAAAAGGCUAGCCAAAUAUUGGGCAACACUCGGGCUCCCCCGGCAUUCGCCGCAGAAAAUCAUUCCGAAGAGACGGUUCGACAUCUCCAGUCGGCAUUCCGCUCUUCCAGCUCAUACAACGUCACUUCCGGCGUGGUCCAAAUAAGAAACUUGAAUAUGGAAGGGUCUCUUGGCAAGCACAGCAACUUCGACAUCCUUCUCUGCUUCGGCUUUACACCGGGAGAUGGCGUAUUGUCGGGACCCGACUUGAAUCUUCCAUGGAAGGUCAGUUCAGCUAUCUUGAGAGCCUGGGUUUACUUAAUUUUCAUAUGUGUUAUUUGUCUCUACUUGAACUCUAAAACCGGGGCCUGCAUUCGUGCCCGUUAAUUGAUGUCUUCGAGCCCUCCGGCACCGUUAAAAUCGUCGAUGUUUUCGGGACGAAUAUGCAGUAAAAGUAAUGGUAAUUUUGUGGGUUUGGGAUAAUUUUAGGAUAUUUGGAACUUAUUUGUUUGUAAGACCGGAAAAUAUUGUGAGUAUAAAUAUUGAUCAUUUGACAUUAUGCCUUUUAA